UCUUCUGAAUCUCAUCAAUUCCAUUUAUAUGGGAGAAAAACCCAUCUACCCACCAAAACAUAGCCAAUCAACAAUGGCUGUUUUCUCUCUUCCUCCUUUCUCUCUCAUCUUCCUUCUCUCUCUUUCUCUCUCCUUACCCUUAACCCAAUCAAAAUCCACUUACAUAGUCCACGUGUCGAAAUCCCACAAGCCCACAACCUUGUCUUCCCCUAAAUCAUGGUAUUCCUCCAUUCUCCACUCUCUCUCCACUACAACCACCCCUCCUAACCUUCUCUACUCCUACUCUCACUCUUCAACGGGCUUCGCGGCCCACCUUUCCCAGGCCCAAGCAGCCCAACUCCGCCGCCACCCAGCUGUCCUCUCUGUUAUCCCUGACAGGGCCCACCAGAUCCACACAACCCAUACUCCUAACUUCUUGGGCCUCCAUGAUGGGUCGGGCCUCUGGCCCAAUUCUCAUUACGCCUCUGACGUCAUCGUUGGUGUUCUUGAUACUGGUAUCUGGCCUGAGCUCCUUAGCUUCUCCGAUGAUGGGUAUGAUCACGUGCCUCCCACGUGGAAAGGGUCUUGCGAGGUGGGCCCUGAUUUUCCCGCCGGUUCUUGUAAUCGGAAAAUCGUCGGUGCUCGUGCUUUCUAUAAAGGGUAUGAGGCAGCCAAAGGGCCAAUGAACGAAACCAAGGAGUCUAAAUCACCACGAGACACCGAGGGACACGGCACACACACAGCAUCAACAGCUGCGGGAUCAGUGGUGCCUGAUGCUGGAUUGUUUGAUUAUGCUCGAGGAGAGGCUCGAGGGAUGGCCACCAAGGCUCGCAUUGCGGCCUAUAAGAUUUGCUGGAGCACAGGGUGCUAUGAUUCUGAUAUCCUGGCAGCUAUGGACCAGGCUAUAGAGGACGGGGUCCAUGUGAUAUCCCUCUCUGUUGGAUCUUCUGGGUUGGCUCCGCAGUUUGACAAGGAUGGCAUUGCUAUUGGUGCGUUACAUGCUGUCCAAAGUGGUGUUUUGGUGUCUUGCUCAGCUGGGAACUCUGGGCCUGAUGCCUUUACUGCAACGAAUAUUGCACCGUGGAUUUUGACCGUUGGAGCAUCGACUAUUGACAGGGAGUUCCCUGCGGAUGUGGUGUUGGGAGAUGGGAGGACUUUCAAGGGGGUGUCUUUGUAUUAUGGGGAUGGUUUGAAUGACAGUGUUUAUCUGGAGUUGGUUAGAGGUGCUGAUUGCGGCAGUAGACUUUGCAAAGCAGGUGACCUUGAUACAUCAAAAGCAGCAGGGAAAAUGGUGAUAUGUGACAGAGGAGAUACUGCUCGAGUUGCCAAGGGUGAUGCAGUUAAACAAGCUGGAGGUGUGGGAAUGAUUCUGGCUAACACAGCUGAAAGUGGUGAAGAACUAAUAGCUGAUUCACAUUUAAUUCCUGCAACUAUGGUGGGUCAAAUUGCCGGUGACCAAAUCAGGGAUUAUGUGUCUGCCGUCCCUAACCCAACAGCCACAAUCAGGUUCAAAGGUACUGUGAUAGGUCCCUCACCAUCUGCACCAAGGGUAGCAGCGUUCUCUAGCCGAGGACCAAACCAUCUCACACCCGAAAUCCUCAAGCCCGAUGUCAUAGCUCCUGGGGUUAACAUCUUGGCUGGCUGGACUGGUUCUGCAGCACCCACAGACCUGGAAAUUGACCCAAGAAGAGUCCAGUUCAAUAUCAUCUCUGGCACCUCCAUGUCCUGCCCACACGUCAGUGGGCUGGCUGCUUUGCUCAGAAAUGCAUACCCAAGUUGGAGUCCUGCAGCUGUGAAGUCUGCCCUUAUGACCACAGCUUACUACCUUGACAACUCCGGGAAAAACAUCACAGAUCUAGCCACAGGGAAGCAAUCCUCUCCUUUUGUUCAUGGAUCAGGUCAUGUUGACCCAAACAAGGCUCUUAACCCUGGGUUAGUCUAUGACAUCAAUGCUAAUGACUAUAUUUCCCUUCUAUGUGCCAUGGGAUACAAUUCAACCAGGAUUGCUAUUUUUCUCAAGGAGCCUACAACCAUUGAUUGUGCUGCAAAGAAUCUAUCUACCGCUGGUAAUCUGAAUUACCCUUCGUUCUCAGUUGUGUUUGAAUCUGGCAAAAAUGUAGUGAAAUACACAAGGGUGGUGAAGAAUGUUGGAAGCUCAGCUGAUGCUGUUUACGAAGUUAGUGUAAACGCACCACUAAAUGUAGAUGUCAGUGUUUCUCCGAGGAAGCUAGAGUUCAGUGCUGAUAAACAAACACUAUCCUAUGAGAUAAGCUUCACUAGCAUUAGUGAAACUUAUCUAACUGGUAAAGUUAAACCAAUCUUGGGAACAUCGAGCUUUGGGUCGAUUGAGUGGAGUGAUGGAAGUCAUCGAGUGAGGAGUCCCAUUGCAGUGAGAUGGGUUGAGGGAACUCAGCAACAUUUCAUUGCUUCGAUUUGAGUUUGGCUCUCAACAAUGCUGUAUAUGGUGAUCAGAGGCUUCUUCUUUGAAGUAUUGAAGCCUUGAUUUAUAAAGUAUUGAGCCUGCAACUCUCUAUUUCUGAAUUGUUGUAUGUCAACAUUGUUAUUCCACUGUACAUUAUUAGUUGAUGUACUCUCUUACUUUGAUGAUGGAUCUCUCGGAUAAUACAAAACUAAGUUCAGUUUAUGUA